GACGGAGCGUCCCGUCGUCGGUGUUCACUCAGCAGGGAGGAAGGAGCCAGGAAGCCACGGUACCCCGAACCAGCAGCAGCACCCACCUGGACCAGACAUGGCUUCGAAUAAUGGCUCAGCCGGCAAAUGGGAGGUAGUGAAGAAAGGGAAGAAGAACAACAGCUCAGGGGGAGGCAAGGACGCGACUGACAAGAAAACCGGCAGCGGAGGAAGGAAAGCCCUGGGCGAAUCCAACCAGCCAUCCAGACCGCCCCUGAAGAUGUCAGAGACUCUGUACGACGGCUUCGAAAAGAUGGGAAAGAAACAGAACAAGGAGCAAGUUCCACCACCAGCCGAGCCUCAAAACAAGAAGCCCUCAUCAAGUAAACCAUCCAAGAAAUCGCACUCCAGCAAUACAGUCACACCGGCAACUCACAAGACCCUCGAGGAAGCCUUCAAAGCUUUGGAUGUUGGGGACCUGAAGCAGCAGUUGGCUCGCAGUCAAACCCUGUUCCCAGAAAAUCCUUCAGUUUGGGUCAAAGACCUGGCAGGAUACCUCAACCUCAAUCUGACUGCACCAGAGAAUGAGCCCACACUCAGCAGCUACGCUCACGACUACCCAUACUGCCUUACAGGAAAAGAGCUGAGAGGCGUGAUCAAAGGCCUCAUUGGACGAUGCAGCAGCAUUCUGCCAGAUUUCUUCGACCACUGUGUUUACACUAUGCUCAGGGAGCUGGACAGACAGUCAGGUGAACCUCUGCAUGGCUACAGAGUUUGCAUUCAGGCAAUCCUACAGGACAAACCCAGAAUAGCCACCCAAAACCUACCAGAGUAUUUGGAGUUACUGCGGUCAGUUCAGAAUCGACCAGUGAAGUGUUUGACCAUCAUGUGGGCUCUGGGCCAAGCUGGAUUUUAUGACCUCAGCCAGGGACUAAGAGUGUGGCUGGGCAUCAUGCUUCCUGUUCUGGGAGUCAAGUCCUUAUCUUCAUAUGCCAUCGCCUACCUGGAGAGACUUCUCCUACUUCAUGCAAACCUGACAAAGGGAUUUGGCAUCAUGGGUCCUAAAGAGUUUUUUCCUCUACUCGAUUUUGCCUUCAUGCCAAAGAAUGCCCUGUCAUCAAGUCUGCAGGAGCAGCUGAGGCGUUUGUAUCCUCGACUGAAGGUCCUCGCAUUUGGAGCCAAGCCUGAGAGCACAUUACACACAUACCUGCCGUCAUUUUUGUCAAGAGCCACACCGCACUGUCCGGAUGACAUGAAGAGAGAGCUGCUCAGUAGUAUGACGGAGUGCUUGUGUGUGGAUGUACAGAGUCUGGGAGUGUGGAGACAGCUCUACACCAAACACUUACCCCAGUCCAGUCUGCUGUUAAACCACUUACUGAAGUCCUGGAAUAUCCUGCCACCAAAGCUGCGGAAAAACCUUGAAGAAACAAUCCAGUCCUUCAGAGUGACCAAUGAAGAGAUGAGAGAGACAGUUGAAUCCAAUGAUCUUCAGGAGUGCAAUAAUCUGUGCCAGAAUCUUCAGGUAAAGAUGCGUGGUCGCGGGUUCCCCUGGUCCAAACUGCUCAUGGUUCUGCUUGUGUUCGUCGCCGGCUUCAUUGCCCAUGACAUCAGAUCUCACGGCUCCGUCGCAGAUUCCACCACAACCAGAUAUCUGCACACUUCAGGGAUCACAGCUGUAUCUCAGCAAGCCUGGAGCAAAAUAACAGUCUACUCAAAGCAGGGUUUCAGCUGGUUGGAGACCAACACUCCUUAUUAUUACUCUGAGUGUGUGCGGAUUUUGGGGCCACUAAUGGAAAAAGGUUUGGAAAAGGCAAAAGCAGCAGCCAUCUUCAUCGCUGAGAACACCACACAGUUUAUCCUGUGGGUCAAAGAAACGACACCACUGGUCAUAGAAUGGGUGAACACCAACACCCCUGACAGUGUGUUCCAGGCGUUGGCAUAUUUGAAGGAGCUCCUUAUCUUCCUCCAUCAGAACUACAUCCUGCCAGCACUGGCGUACAUAUCUGACCUGCUACAGCGAGCGUGGACCAACCUACAGGACUCCUGCAACGGGGAGGUUUCAGUAUCGUGUCUGCAGGGCCACGCUUUGUCCUUCACCAACUCAACGUGGAAGCUGCUCCAACACACAACUUCGGCCAUCAAGACGUGGGCUCAGGAUCUUCUGACACGAGCAGGAUAACAUAUCAACAGACCCAGACUAAUUGACACAUGCCAUAUACACAAAAGAAGUUAUAUACUGUACAAACACACACACAAACACACACACACACUGACCCAGUGUGAGGCUGCCUUUCAGUGCUUCGGCUCCUCUCAUGAAGCUGUGAUUGGACUCUGUGGGGUCAGGCAAAAAACUAACUCUCACUCAAAAAGAACCUUCUGUCUCUUGUUUUGGCUCAAUUUUAUCAAUCAUUUUGCUGUUGUAUAGAUGUUUGUUUUUUUUCUACCAAUCUUUUUGUCACUGCUGGAUGCGGAGGUUGUAUCUUUCUCUCUCCCUGAGUUUUCUACUGCAAAUUUUCGCUGUUGUUUUAACCCCUGGGUUAAAUAGACUGUGUAAUUUAUAGAAAAUGUGUGUUUGUAGGUGAUUUAUAAACCAUUUUUAUUUAACGAUAAUAAUGAUAAAAAAAAAAUGUUCUAAGGAAACUUGGUAAAGGGCAGGGAAAAGACCAAAAACUUCUCCAAGCCACUGAAGACCUCAUCAGGUAAACCCCGACGGCCACUUCAUCUCCAACACUUUGUCCUGCACCCCGCAAUGUCAGAUCAGAUACAGUAUGUGCAAAAGCCUUCAUCAAGCUUGAGGAGCUUCUCACAAUGUGAAGCCGUCACCAGGAGAGAUGUUGUGAGGAAGGAAUCACAUCUGCCGGUGGACUGACUCCUCCAGAGGAUUUGUAGUGGGCAGUGUCAACUUGACGGUGUGUCUCACAUCAGUUCAGAAAAAUAAAUAUGGCUGCUGUGUCUGAGUCUUGCGCACCACCUUGUCUCGUCUUGUCUUUGCUGCUUAAUUAUUUUGUCCUGUCUCUUUCGCUUCAUCUGCCAUCAGUGGCUCAACACCGGAGCUAAAAGAAGCACUGCGGUUGUGUGCUCGUACUUGAAAGUUGAUGAGAUUGUCAAUGUGUGUGGAUCAACAAGCUAAUUGUCAAUAAUGGGAUCAUGAUUAAUUCUGUGCCAACGUCCUCAUGUACGCAAAAGCUGUCGCUCUGGGCCUUUCUGACCAGCUGAUUCACUAACCGCUCCUUGUACCCAAGAUGUUUGGAUGGAUAUGGCCGCAACUAAUGUCUUACUUUGUUAUGUAAAUGAUUUAUAAUAAAGACUUCCACCCCA